AUGGGCCCAGCCAACAUCAUCGAUCUCAGCCAACCCAACCCCUCAUUCCCCGACUUCCACCCCCGCCAUCCCACCGACCCAGCCCAAGUCACCGCCAACGUAGCCUGCCGCAUCAUCCUCGGCAUCCUCGCUAACCUCAGCAUCUGGGUGCCCCUCCGCAUCCUCUACCGCCACGGCGAAUUCGCCGCCGUAGUCCUCCUGUCCUCGACCAUGCUCCUCAACAUCCUGACCAUCGUCAACGCCCUCAUCUGGCGCAACGACGACACGAGCUCGUGGUGGCUCGGCUACGGCUACUGCGACGUCUUCCCUUACGUCUACAACCCCUUGCUCAUGGUCUACAACACGAGCAUCUUCGCCAUCAUGCGUCAUCUCGCAGACAAGAUUAGUCUUAUGCGUGCCGACUCGCCCAGCGUGAGGGAGAUGAGGAGGAGGAAUCUGAUUCAGGCGCUGAUUAUCUUUCCUGUGCCCAUUGUGCAGAUGGCUUGGAUGUAUCCACUUGCGCUGCAUCGGUAUGCUAUUUUUGCCCUGGCGGGGUGUACGUGGAUGCCGUUUGGUUCGUGGCCGUUGUUGGUGUUUGUUAUUUUGCCGAGUCCGCUGUUUGCCUUCGGGACCGUCUAUUAUGGGAAAGUCGCAGCAACAACAUCCUCCGCCCUCACAACCUCCAACAGCGCAGCCAGCAGUCGCGCGCGCCGCGCCAAACGCCGCCUCUACUUCAUGACCGUCUGUAUCCUGAUCCCCUACUUCCCCGUCCAGCUUCUCUGGCUCGUGCACAACAUCACGAACUUCACCCCGCUCACUAAGUACGACUUUCCCGCCCUCCAGGCCGGCGCUGUUGAUGGCCUGCCCUGGAACACGAUUCUCCUGAUACCGACGAACGGGGUGGCCGUCGUGUCGCUGAUCGAUAGGUACAUCGCCAUCGUCACGGCCAUCCCCAUCUUCGUCUUCUUUGGGAUGACCAAGGAUGCCUUGAACAUGUAUAGGAGAUAUCUCCUUGCUGUGGGUCUGGGAUGCGUCUUUCCGUGUUUGAAGGAGGAGUAUGAUCCGGACAGGAGACAUGAUCCUAAUCGGUCGACGACGGGAAUCCUUGCAACUUCAGAGACUACGCAGACUACCCAAUCAUACACCAAAUCUUGUUAUGCCGAACCUACCAUAACCCCCAUCUCCGACCCAACUACCCCCACAAAGCCCACAAAACCCUUCUCCGCACUCCCCUCCAUGUUCAGCCGCGUAGACCUAAAGAUCUUCCCCCAAGGGCGUCGCCCCACGAGGAGGAACGGGCCGCGAAGAUGUUCCUGCGACGACGGGGCCGUAGUUUUGGGGGAUGUUGCGGCGAAUGCCUAUCUCCCCGGCCUACCUCUCGCCGUUGUGGAGACUCGGGUUUGGAGCGCCGAGGAUGACGAGGAGAGGGUGGGUAUUGAGAUUCUUAGGGCGAGGGCUGUGAUGGAUCGUGGUGGUGAUGGGUGUUGA